AUGUCUGAGCAAGGAGAACUGAACCCAGCCAUAGUGGAGGAAGGACGGACUGAGCCAGAGUCCGCCCCAGAAAAUGGCAUCCUUAAAUCGGAAAGUCUGGAUGAAGAAGAGAAGCUGGAACUCCAGCGGCGACUGGCGGCUCAAAACCAAGAGAGAAGAAAAUCCAAGUCAGGAGCAGGCAAAGGGAAGCUGACCCGAAGCCUGGCUGUCUGUGAAGAGUCUUCAGCUAGACCUGGAGGGGACAGUCAUCAAGACCAGGAAUCUAUUCAUUUACAGCUUUCCAGUUUCCCCAGCCUGCAAGAGGAGGAUAAAUCUAGGAAGGAUGAUUCUGAGAGAGAAAAAGAAAAGGAUAAAAACAGAGAUAAAUCUGAGAAACCCAAGAUCAGAAUGUUAUCAAAAGACUGCAGCCAAGAGUACACGGAUUCCACCGGCAUAGACUUACACGAGUUCCUGAUUAACACUCUGAAGAACAAUUCCAGGGACAGGAUGAUACUCUUGAAAAUGGAGCAGGAAAUGAUUGAUUUCAUUGGUGACAGCAAUAACCACUAUAAAAAGUUCCCGCAGAUGUCAUCAUAUCAGAGAAUGCUGGUCCAUCGGGUGGCGGCCUACUUCGGAUUGGACCACAACGUGGAUCAAACUGGAAAAUCUGUCAUCAUCAACAAGACGAGCAGCACCAGAAUACCAGAGCAAAGGUUUUGUGAACAUUUAAAAGAUGAAAAAAGUGAAGAAUCCCAGAAGCGGUUUAUCUUGAAGCGAGAUAACUCUAGUAUUGAUAAAGAAGACAAUCAGCAAAACAGAAUGCAUCCAUUUAGAGAUGACAGACGAAGUAAAUCAAUUGAAGAGAGAGAAGAGGAAUAUCAGAGAGUGAGGGAGAGAAUAUUUGCACAUGAUUCAGUUUGCUCCCAGGAAAGCCUAUUUUUGGACAACAGUAGGCUCCAAGAAGGCGUUCACAUAUGCAAUGAGACCUAUAAGAAAAGACAACUCUUUCGGGGUAACAGAGACAGUUCCGGAAGAACUUCCGGGAGCCGACAGAGCAGCUCAGAGACUGAGCUCAGGUGGUCCGACCAGCAGCGGGCCUGGAGCAGCACAGAUUCUGACAGCUCCAACCGCAAUCUGAAGCCCACCAUGACCAAGACAGCAAGUUUUGGGGGCAUCACGGUGCUGACCAGGGGCGACAGCACAUCCAGUACCAGGAGUGCUGGGAAACUAUCCAAAACAGGAAGUUCUGAGUCUUCCAGCAGCGCAGGCUCCUCAGGAUCGUUGUCCCGCACUCACCCACCUCUGCAGAGCACGGCCCUGACCUCUAGUGUGGCAGCUGGUUCUCCUGGCUGUAUGCCCUAUUCAGAGAAUGGAAUGGGGGGCCAGGUCACUCCCAGCAGCACCAGCUACAUCCUCCUUCCACUUGAAACUGCAACUGGUAUCCCACCUGGAAGCAUCCUUCUUAAUCCACACACAGGUCAGCCCUUUGUGAACCCGGAUGGAACUCCUGCAAUAUAUAAUCCUCCUGGAAGUCAGCAGACGCUGCGUGGCUCUGUUGGUGGGCAGCCCCAGCAGCCCCCACAGCAGCCAUCGCCUCAGCCGCAGCAGCAGGUCCAGCCACCACAGCCCCAGAUGGCAGGGCCACUGGUCACUCAGUCUGUCCAGGGCCUGCAGCCAUCUCCCCAGUCUGUGCAAUAUCCAGCGGUCUCUUUCCCUGCCCAGCAUCUCCUGCCUGUGUCGCCAACACAGCACUUCCCCCUGAGAGAAGAGGUGGCCGCACAGUUCAGCCAGCUGAGCAUGAGCCGGCAGUCCUCCGGAGACACCCCUGAACCUCCCUCCGGUACAGUCUACCCCGGCUCCCUCAUGCCACAGCCAGCUCAGCCACCAAGCUACGUCAUUACUUCUGCAGGCCAGCAGCUCUCCACUGGGGGCUUCUCGGACUCUGGCCCUCCAAUCUCCCAGCAGGUCCUUCAGGCCCCACCCUCUCCCCAGGGAUUUGUACAGCAACCUGCACCUGCACAGAUGCCCGUAUAUUACUAUCCAUCUGGUCAGUACCCUACCUCAACCACACAGCAGUACCGACCCCUGGCCUCAGUCCAGUACAGCGCUCAGCGGAGUCAGCAAAUACCACAGACAGCACAGCAGGCAGGCUACCAGCCAGUCUUGUCUGGUCAGCAGGGUUUCCAAGGCCUGAUGGGAGUACAGCAGUCACCUCACAGCCAGAGUGUGCUGAGCAGCCAGCAAGGAGCCCCAGUACAGGGCGUGAUGGUCUCCUACCCAACCAUGUCUUCUUACCAGGUGCCAAUGACCCAAGGUUCUCAAGCAGUGCCCCAGCAGACAUACCAACCGCCAAUCAUGCUGCCCAAUCAGGCAGGCCAAGGGUCACUCCCAGCCACCGGAAUGCCUGUGUACUGUAAUGUCACGCCGCCAAGCCCUCAGAACAACCUAAGGUUGAUGGGUCCACACUGCCCUUCCAGCACGGUCCCUGUCAUGUCUGCUAGCUGCAGGACAAACUGUGCAAGCAUGAGCAACGCGAGCUGGCAGGUCAAGUUCUGAGAACUCAGGCUGCCUGCGGUCCACUUCGUCAGAUGUUAACUCAUGGCCUUCACAGGAAGAGGAGACUAGGGCGACUGGCCAAGGACUUCUGUGUUCACUCAACACUCAAAUGAUUGCUGCUGGUGUUCUGUACAAACUAAUCAAAGACUAAUACACACAUUAGCUGGUUAA